CAAAACUGCAGAAAUCAACUGCAAGGUUAAUCUACCUUUUAGUAAAAUAGCAGUAAAAUAGUCCGCGUGCUUGGGAGAGUUUAUUACAUUUAGCUUGCUUUAGCUACUGUACUCGGUAACUUUUAUUUAAAGGUUUAUCUUAAUUAAAUCAAAUAUUGUUAAAUAGCCAAGUGCACUGCACAGCAGGACAUUUUCUGCUACCAUGGGGCUGGCGCUCACACGCGCAGCUCAGUGGACCACCGCGAGCUCUGGCAUGGGCAAGCUCGAGAUCACGCCUCUUAACGAGUCUUUACUGAAGGAAAUUCUCCAUUUCGUGGAGCAGAUCAGCGCCAGACACCCCCAGGAGGCCAAACAUGUGUUCAGGGAGCCGCUGCAGUGGGAAACGUCUUUGCAGGCUUCUGAUUUCACAACAGAGUAUGACAUAAGCGGCUCCUGCGUACAGUCCCGGGAGGCUGAUGGAGACGGCCAUCCUCUCCUCCAGCUCACUCCUCCCGACGUGUCUGUACGCAGCUUCAGCCAGCUGACCAGACUGCUGCAGCUGGUCCCUGACAGGAAGCUCAGGGAGGUGCGAGCCUGUUUGGAAGCUAACAGGGACCCAGUGGUACAGAUCCUGGGGCCAAGCUUUGCCUCGGUGGAGGGAGAGGACUCGUCCACCCUGCGGCUGCUGGACAAGCUGAAGGAGGACAGCCAGAGUGGGGAAGCUGAGCUCACCAUCAAACUGCUCAUCAUCCUGCAGCAGCUGGACACACUGCUCCUCAGCAACUCCGUCAAACAGCUGGCGCAGGAGGUCAGGCUGAGUCCAGCUGCUGUAAAACGUGAUGUAGAGCUGCUGAAGAGCUUGUGUGCUGCAGGGGAGAAGAAGGUACUGAGGUCUGUGUGCUACACAUCAGAUUAUGAGUUCAGCAAUGGCUGCCGCUCACCUCCGUGGAGGCAGGUGCAUGGAGAGAUCGCUUACCUCAUCAUUGAACCCUGUGACUCAGAGCCACUCUUCAUCACCUGCAGCACCGCUGGAGUUUUCCUCAAUGCGGGAGUCCGGCAUGAGGCAGAGGGGAAUGCUUUUGACAGAAGGAGCAAUGUCUACAAAGACCUGGUUGACCUUCUCAAGAGCAAGUCCCCCCACUUCGCUGAAGGCAUCAAUAAGAAGGACUUUGUCAUUCAAGAAGAACCUCCGACCACUCUGAAAAUCCCACAUGUGGAAGCUGUUGGCGUAGAGGCACCAGGCCAAACCCUGGGAUCUUACGAGCAUCAGGAGAAGAAUGCACUCAAGAAGGCGAGACAGCAGCUUGCCCCGAACAAGACAGGCGGUGAGAAGAAAUUUGAACCAUCUUUGAAAUGGAAGUGCCUCGGCCUGCCGUCCCCUCAUGAAGAGGCUGAGGAAAGGAAGAUGAGAAGAAGUGGUGGAAGUGAGAGAGCCACAAAAAGCCGGAGCAGGUUUCCCAAGUCGGAGAGCAAGGCGAAGCCCAGUGCUCCUGGGUCCCCUCUACCAGGCCGCCCAUCUUCUUUGAAAAUUAAGACCUCAGGUGGAGGAACAGGAGCUGAAGACUUCAGUGCGAGCUCGUCUGAGAGUGAGGAUGAUGUACAGACUGAGAGGCGAGGGGACAGCCACACUGACCUGCCCUCUGAGUACUGGCAGAUUCAGAAACUAGUCAAGUACCUGAAGGGAGGUAAUCAGACGGCCACCGUGAUUGCUCUGUGUUCGAUGAGGGACUUUAACCUGGCUCAGGAGACGUGUCAGUUGGCCCUCCGAGAUGUGGGGGGGCUGGAGGUGCUGGUCAACCUGCUGGACACAGAUGAGAUGAAGUGUAAAAUUGGUUCUCUGAAGAUCCUAAAGGAGAUCAGUCACAACUCCCAGAUCAGACAGGCCAUCGCUGACCUGGGGGGUCUGCAGACCAUGGUGGCCAUCUUGGACUCCCCAGACAAGGAGCUGAGAUGCCUGGCAGCAGAGACCAUUGCCAACGUAGCCCGGUUCAGGAGAGCCCGCAGGACUGUGCGCCAGCACGAUGGAAUCAAGAGGCUGGUGAACCUGCUGGCCUGCGUGCCGCAUUGCGUCUCAACGAGUUCCAAGCAGGAGAAGGACAUGGAGGUUGCCCGCUGCGGAGCACUGGCGCUCUGGAGCUGCAGUAAGAGCACCAGGAACAAAGAUGCCAUCCGCAAGGCCGGAGCCAUCCCCCUGCUUGCCCGCCUCCUCAAAGUGCCCCAGACGAACAUGCUCAUCCCCGUGGUGGGCACCCUGCAGGAGUGUGCUUCCCAGAGGAGCUACAGGAUUGCCAUACAGAGCGAGGGCAUGAUUGAAGAUCUGGUGAAGUAUCUGAGCUGUGACAACCAAGAUCUUCAGAAGCACUGCGCAAGUGCCAUCUUUAAGUGUGCAGAGGACAAGCAAACACGCGACCUGGUGCGGCACCAUGAGGGCCUGCAGCCGCUGGUCGCCCUGCUCGGUGAGGCUAGGAACAAGGAGCUGCUCACAGCCACCACCGGGGCCAUCUGGAAGUGCUCCAUCAGCAUGGAGAACGUAGCCAAGUUUGAGGAGUACAGGGCUUUGGAGCUGCUGGUGGGCUUGCUGACUGACCAGCCUGAGGAGGUGCUGGUGAAUGUGGUGGGCGCUCUGGCGGAGUGUGCCCAACGACCCAACAACCGCGUAACUAUCCGGAAGAGUGGUGGCAUCGCACCCCUGGUUGGCCUGCUGACAGGAACCAACCAGACCCUGCUGAUCAACGUCACCAGGGCAGUGGGAGCCUGCGCUGCUGACCCAGAAAGCAUGACGAUCAUUGAACGUUUGGAUGGGGUGCGCUUGCUCUGGUCACUGCUGAAGAAUCCAAACCCUGAUGUCCAAGCCAACGCUGCCUGGGCUAUCUGCCCCUGCAUAGAGAAUGCAGAGGAUGCAGGGGAAAUGGUGCGUUCCUUUGUGGGCAGCCUGGAGCUGAUUGUUCAUUUGCUGAAAUCAACAAACAAGGAGGUGUUGGCCAGCGUGUGCGCAGCCAUUGGCAAAAUUGCCAAAGAUGAGGAGAACUUAGCGGUCAUCACUGACCACGGCGUGGUCCCCAUGCUUGCAAGCCUCACCAACACAGUAGACGAUAAGCUGCGCAGGUACCUGGCAGAGGCUAUCGCUCGCUGCUGUAUGUGGAGCAGUAACCGGAAGGCGUUUGGGGAAGCCGGCGCCGUAGCUCCCGUGGUCCGCUUCCUCCGCUCCAACGACCCGGCCGUGCACCGGGCCACGGCCCAGGCCCUGUUCCAACUCUCCCGAGAGCCCAACAACUGCAUCACCAUGCACGAGAGUGGUGUGGUCAAGCUCCUGAUCCCCAUGAUAGGAUCCAGCGACGAGGUCCUGCAAGAAGAAGCAGCUGGCUGUGUGGCCAAUAUCCGUCACCUGGCGCUGGCCAAUGAUAAGGCUAGGUAUGGUUAAUGACCAAGAACAGGAAAACUCCCACUAACUGCCACUGUAAAGCUGUUGGUGGACAAUGUGUGUGAACGUCUAUGAUCUCUCAGUUGUGUAAUAACAUUUGUUUGUUCCAAUUGGAGCAUGUCAGCAGCUCUUUCACUCUGGAGCCGUUCCUCAGCUUUGAUUUAUCCAUUUCCUCAUUACAGUCAUUAAUUUAAUCACAAUAAACACAUUCUUUCACUGUUUGUGACCAUG